AUGUUUCGGCAUGAGGAGCCAUACCUGCUCUAUGGUACGGAUACAUGUGUCGUGGUCUCUGUCCAUCUGUGUGAUGAUGGUAGUCCACGGAAUGCAUUUAUGGCAGUAGCAGUAGAUUUUCCAGGUGCGGGUCUUCAAGACGCGUACACUUCUAUAACUUGUACUUUCUUCUUCUUCUUUCUUCUUCUUGAUAAUUUCUCCAGUCGCACCAUCGAAUACGUUCGUGGCACAAUCAAUGGUGGCGUAGGUGUGCGCCGUCACUCUGUAGUCGGAAAUUUUGUUCAACUUUUCUCAGCAGUUCUAUAA